AUGAAACUACCAGUUUUCGUGGUGUUCCUCUUCAUCGGGUACAGCACCCUUCAAGCUAGUGGCGAGGAUGGCAAAACUUUGCAGUUUGUUCAUGUCGUGAUGCGUCAUGGAGUGAGAACUCCGGCCAGUACUUACCCAAACGAUCCUUAUAUCAACAACUCAUUCUACCCCACUGGAUGGGGACAAAUCACAAAUGAGGGGAAAAUGCAGUUGUUCAACGUGGGAAAAUACCUCCGAGAGAGGUACGGCAGCUUCCUCGGCAAUCACUACUCCCCCGAGGAAUACUAUACGCAGUCGACAGGCGUCGACCGGACCAAGGUCAGCAUGCAGCUGGUGAACGCAGGUCUGUGGCCCCCCCAAGGGGACCAGCGGUGGGGGCCGCUCGACUGGCAGCCCGUUCCCAUCACUGCCGAGAAACUAGAAGAGGAUAUGUUGCUUCUAGUAAGAAAGCCAUGCCCUCAAUACCAUAUCGAGAAACAACGUAUCAUGAAAUCUCCAGAAGUUCAAAACAUGUUCAAACAAUACGAAACUCUAUUCAAGGAACUCACAAAUAUAACUGGACAAAAUACAACCGAUUUCGAUGGUGUUCAGGACAUUUAUUCGACCUUAUUGGCAGAGGAGCGUUCAAAUUUGACAUUGCCCGAAUGGACCAAAGGCUACUACCCCGACAAAAUGUAUUAUCCAACUGUUAAAAGUUUCGUAUUGAAUGCCUUCAAUGAUAAAAUGAAUAGGUAUAUUGGAGGUGUUCUUCUGAAGAAACUGAUCGAAGACUGGUCGGCCAAAGCUGCAGGAACCAUCAAACCGAGUGCAAGGAAAGCCAUCUUGUACGGAGGCCAUGACGGCACCAUCGUCAACCUCCUGAGCACCCUCAAAGUCUGGGACGAGCAAUUUCCCGGCUAUGCAAUCACCAUUUUGUUCGAACUGUACAAAGAUAAUGCCACCAGUGACUACGGAGUUGAGAUCUAUUUGAGGAAUUCCACUGAAGUGCCUCCUUUCAAACUCACCAUUCCUGGUUGUGAUAGCUUCUGUCCGUUAACCAAACUCAAAGAACUCACCAAAAAUGUCAUUCCACAAAAUUGGGAAGAAGAAUGCAAGACAGAUAUCAAAGAUUUCGUGGUACCUGAACUGGGGGGUCCAUAA